AUGAAAGGAUAUAUUUCCUUAAGUCCAAAUCAAAAAUCAUUAUUGGAGAAUGCUGGAUGGUUAAUGUCUGAUGAAGAAUCAUUAUUCGAUUCGAGUGGUUAUUUUGAUAUAUCAAUACCACUGAGCCUGCUGCUAGGAUUUGCUGAAGAUUAUAAAAAAAUAAUUAUCAAUGCAAAACAUGAACUCAUCCUAAUAAGAGCAAAUAGUGAUGCGAAUGCCUGUCUACAAGAACAACCUGCGGAAGGAAAAAGUGGCGAAAAAAUACAAAUUAAACUUCAAAAAGUGGAAUGGAUUGUUCCAUAUAUCAAAGUGUCUGAUAAGCAGAAAAUACAACUUUUAAAUUACAUUGCCAAGGAUCCAUCCAUAGCAAUCAGUUUUCGUACAUGGGAAUUGUACGAGUAUCCACUAUUACCUGCAACUACAAAGCAAAAUUGGAGUGUGAAAACAUCAACACAAUUGGAAAAACCGAGAUACAUAAUUUUAGGCUUCCAAACAGGACGAAAAAACUCUGUAACAGACAAUUCAAGUGUUUUUGAUCAUUGUAACUUGCGUGAUGUUAAGCUGUUUUUAAAUUCACAAUCAUAUCCUUAUGGAAAUUUAAAUAUUGAUUUUGCUCAUAAUCAAUUCUCAUUAUUAUAUGAUAUGUUUGCAUAUUUCCAAGCUUCCUACUAUUACACAGAAACACCACAACCAUUAUUUACAAGACAAAAAUUUUUGGAAGAAGCUCCACUUAUUGUCAUAGAUUGUUCAAAGCAAAAUGAAUUUUUAAAAUCUGGACCAGUAGAUAUUCGACUCGAAUUUGAAUCAACAACACAAUUUCCAGCUCAAACAUCAGCUUAUUGUUUGAUUUUACAUGAUCGAAUUGUUGAAUAUAAUCCAAUUAGUGGUUCAGUACGCAAGCUCGUUUAA